AUGGCUGCAUCAGGUGCCGAAAUUGAAGACUUCUUGAACGGACCCCUGGUUUCAUGGUUAAAAUCAUGUCUUUCAAAUCCGGAGACUGUCAAAGAUUAUGCAUCACUAUUCAAUGGAGACAUCCUCCAUCAGUUGUACCUCCAGAUAGAUCCAGAACCAUCUUAUCAUAUUACAAAACUGGCUGGAUUAGAAGAUCAAGCAUUGAUACUUGGCAGAGUAAAAAAUUUUGAUGCUAUAGUAAAAAAUGUCAAAAGCUUGUAUGAUGAAGAGCUGGGUAUGACACUUCUUGUAGUGCCAGAAUGCAUUUGCCUAGGAAAAGCACCUGAAUCUAGAGAUGGCUUGGAAAAUAUGAAGCUUCUGUUACUGCUUUUACUUGGUGCUGCUGUCCAAUGCCCUAAUAAAGAAAUAUUCAUAACAAGAAUAAAGGAACUUGAUGUAGACCUUCAGCACAACAUAGUAGAAUGUAUUAAACAGGUGACCGACAUGCAGACAGUAGUUUUGACGCCGGACGCGAUAGACCUCUUCCAAUCGCCGACGAUGUUCAACCACAUGCGACGCCUGGCCAAGGAAAGGGACCACUAUCUCCAGAACUGGGCGACGUUGGUCCUCAACGAAGGCUUGUGCGAAAGCGAGAAUGAGAACAAAUCCAGCAAGAAUCCAUCGACGCAGAACAUCAAUCAGAGCAACGGAGAAAGCCAACAUUUGGCUGUCGAGCUCGCAGAUUGGAAGGCCCGUCUGCGAAAACAAAGACAGGAAUUGGAGGAGAAGUCUGAACAAUUGGCCGAAUGUCGCGAGGAGUUGGAGCAUACGAAGCUGGUGCUGGCGAAGCUUCGCUCGGACAGUCAGGAAUGGUUCAACGAGGCUCGGAAAGCUGCGGGGUACAGGGAUGAAGUGGACGCGCUCAGGGAAAAGGCCGAACGUUGCGAAAGAUUGGAGCAAGAAAUACAGAGGUACCGCGACCGUCUCGCCGACGCGGAGUACUAUAAGACCCGGGUGGCGGAAUUGCGUGAAGAUAAUAAAGCGCUAAUGGACUCGAGAGACUUGUUAGAAGAACAACUGCAGCGAGCAAGGAAGAGGGCUGAACAAUGUCUGACCCUGGAGGCGGCUAUGAUCAAAUUGAAGAGAGAGGCCAAUGACAUCGCACUUGAAAGAGAUGCAGAUCAGCAAAGAAUCCAAGAGUUAAUUGAAGAAAACAACCAUUUGCAAUACAUUGCAAGAUCGAUGCUUAGUGAAAGUAACAAUAGCAAUUUAGAUACGGACAAUGAAUGUGAAAGCACAAUCGAAUCUGGCGAAAACAGCCUAUCUGAACAAUUAACAAGUAACGCACAAGCCAGAGCCUUAAAACUAGAACUAGAAAAUAAGAGACUUCUUUCUACAAUCGACAAUCUAAGGGAACAAUCCAUACUAGAAGGCAGUGACAAAGUAUUAGAGCUAGAAAAGGAAAAGAAAAGGCUAACCUUAAAAUGUGAACAACUUCAAGAGAAUUGCAAUCGUCUUAUGCAACAAAAUUCAGAGUUAGAAGAGGUGUUUAAGAAUGCUUUGGAAGAAAAUAGGAAAUUGCAGGAUUCUCUGGACAAUAAAAAGGCUUUUAUAGACAGACAAUCAAUAGAUAGGGAGUCUGAAAAGAAUAAAUUACAGGACUUUGAAAAGCACUUGGAGUCUUUAACUAAAGAUAAACAACGAAUUCAAAUGUUAUGUGACUCCAUACAGAGGAGGGCUGAUGAUUUGGAAAAAUCGUUGGAUGCAAGAACUAAAGAACUUAAUGCCGUAAAACCCGAGGCCGAUAAAGCAAUGAGUCUUAUAAUACAAACAGAAGAGUUAAAGACAAAACUAACUUAUAGCGAGAAGGAAGCACACAACUUACAAAGAGAAGUAAACAAAUUGAGAGAGGCUGUGGAAGAAAAAGAUGUCUUAAUUGACAAAAUCACAACAGACUUAGAAUUAAAAAAUAAAGAAAUUGAAAGAUUGUCUCGGGAAUUAGACUAUCACGAACUAUUGGCGCACUCAUUAAAAGAUAAACAACAUUAUCAUGAAGAGGAAAAAAUGUUUGCUGACAAAGUUAACGCUUUGAGCCGACAGAAAGAAAAAUUAGAGGAAAAAAUAAUGGAACAUUAUAAAAAACUUGACAACUGUACGCCUAAGAGACGUGGUUUCGGGGCAUCAUUCGUGAAGAGAGUGAGGAAAGCGGGAACUGAUUUAAUAAACAAAGUACCAUCACGAAACCAUAAGAGAAUGGAAGAUGAAAAUCGAUCAAAGUCACAAUUGACGCUAGCUGGUUCUGAAUCUGGGGAAUCCGAUCCCGGGAGUCAAGAUUACGAUAAAGCUUUGAAAAACUGCGACCAAGAGCAAGGUUCAUCUAAUCAAAAUACUGAAUCACCAAGACACAGUUCUGAUUUGAGUUACAGUAGAAGAUACGAGGAUACGUUUAAGAAACCAGAUACCAUGGAAGGUUCUAUGACGGGACUUGAUUCGAGCCGCCUAACUGCUAGUGAGGGGAAUUUUACUAGACGGCUAUCGUCUGCAUCAGUUCACAGUGGAGGUGGUGACGAUGCCCUUAUACGGGCGUCCUUCAGAAGAAGACCACAUAAAGCAGUAGCGCCCACCCAUAGGAAUAGCUAUCAAGGAUUAGAUGGAGAUACUAGUUUGCCUACAGCAUCUACUCCUUCGCCCGUUUUCGGGACUGCCGGCACGCGACGUACCGUAUACUUGGCUGACGACAACCCAGAAGUAAAUCUAAACGCAAAACCGCAGAGCACACCCGUUAAAGAAAACCCAACAUAUUUGAUAUAUAACAGAAUAUCAACUGUUAUCGGCGAUGGCGCAUGUCAAACAGGCCAUGAUAGAUCAGCGACUGAGCAUAAUCAAGCGCCAGAUUUAGCGCGUUCUACGACCGAAGAAAACGCCCAAGAACAGGAAGACCAAGAUAGAAGAACAACAAACCGGAAUGAGAAAUCUGAAAACUCAAAGGAAUCCGCAAUUUGGUAUGAAUAUGGUUGUGUA